AUGAGCAACAACGUUGACAUGAGCUUUGUGGCCUUGCAGCCCGCCCAGGACCAGCAAGUUCAGGGGAACAACGGCCUCGUCGAAGGCCAGAACCUGUACAGUGAUAGGGGGCAAGUGCAGCCGUUGCCGGAUGACGACGUCAUCUUUGUCGAGCAACAACAGCUGCAACAACAACAACAACGACGACAACAGCAGCAGCAUCUGCAACAACUGCAACAACAACAGAUGCAGCAGAUGCAUCUGCAACAACAACAACAACAGUUGCAGCGGAUGUGCGAGCAGGAGCAGCAGCGACAACAGGCCUGGCUACACGGCAGCCCGAACUCCCAGGCGUUUUGGCAGCCGCGGCAGCCACCUGCACUGCCGGCAUUCCUGCCACAGCAGCAGCAGCAGCAGCAGCAGCCGCAGCACCAGGGGUGGACGAACUACCACUACCAGGCGCCGCAGCCAUCAUGCCCGGCACCAUACCCGGCACCGCACCCGGCACCGCUCCCGGCAAUGCAGCAUCCACGGUACCCGGUGCAGCCACAAUAUCCCGGGCUGCCACAAUUCCCGAUGCAGCCACAGCAGCCAAUGCAGCCAAUGCAGGCUUAUCAGGGGUACUCGCAGCCCCCACAGUGGCCACAACAACCACUACAGGGGCUGCAGGCACCACCACCACCACCACCACCACCACAACCACCACAACCACAGCUGCAGCCGCAACCGCAACCGCAACAGCAACCACGACCACAACCACGACCACGACCACGAAGGGCUCGGCAGCCAAGGCAGCCAAGGAAGCCACGGCAGUCACGGCGAGCGACUUCACAGUCGCGGACUCCAGCGCCACAGCAGCCAGAGCAGCCUCAGCAGCCUCAGCCUCAGCCUCAGCAGCCUCUACCUCAGCCUCUACCUCAGCCUCAGCAGCAGCAGCAGCCACAACAACAACAACAACAACAACAGCAACUGACUCCUCCUAUAGGAGACGUUGAAGCGGCCAUGCUCCAAGCCUUCCGCCAGAUAGACGCCUUGGAGGAGGAGGAAGCCCAAGGAGACGACGAAGUAGUCGUCGUCGACCCGUUCGACGAACUACGAGCUGCUCGUCCGGGUCUCAGGACCCCAGUCAACUUCCCGCUCCUCCUUCCUCCAAUGGCUAUCUGGCAUGAGGGAGUUGCUCGAGACAAAGAGGACAAGGACAAGGACGACAACGACAACGACAACGACGCACCGUCGGCGAAAUGA